AUGGAGAGAGAUCAGAAUCGCAACACCACAGCCGAAGAUGCCAUUCGCCUCGAGAACGGCGAGGCUCAUCCCCUUCGCGAAAAUCAAGUCCACAGCGGAAAGUAUUUCGAGUUGCUCAAAAUUCGCCGACAACUUCCAGUGUCAUCAAAACGACAAGAAUUUCUCGAUGUAUAUCACCGGAACCAAGUCAUCGUCUUGUCGGGCGAGACAGGGUCUGGUAAAACUACGCAGAUACCUCAGUUCGUCUUGUUUGAUGAACUUGCAUCCACGAGCUUGAUCGUCUGUACCCAGCCCCGGAGAAUCGCUGCCAUUUCAGUAGCUAAACGGGUUGCUGAUGAGUUGGACGUCAAAUUGGGUGAAGAGGUUGGAUACCAGGUUCGCUUCGACAAACGUAAUAAACGCGUCAAAACCCGUCUGAGCUACAUGACCGAUGGAAUGCUAUUACAGCUUGUAAAAAGCGAUCUUCACAUCAAGAAAUACGGAUGUGUUAUCGUCGACGAAGUGCAUGAACGCACAUUACCAACAGACCUCCUUUUGGCCUUGCUAAAACGCGCCUUGCCUCAUCGCCCUGAUCUGAAGGUCAUCGUUAUGUCGGCUACAGCUAAUGCAAACAAAUUUCUCAACUACUUCGGCCAAGGAAGUCAAUUCACAAUACCUGGACGCUUGUUUCCUAUCGAUAUCCGGUACCUCCAAGAAGCCAUUCCCGAUUACGCAUAUGUUGCUCUACACACGGCAAAACACAUCCACGAGACUUCCGCAGAUGGCGAUAUCCUCCUCUUUAUGCCGUCUGUCAGUGAAAUAGAAGAUGCAUGUGUCCAACUGCGAGGGGCUACAAAGGGUCUCGAGGUCCUGCCCCUAUACUCCCAAUUAUCCAGGGCUGAGCAGGAUAAGGUGUUUACGCGGUCUUCACAUCGUCGAUGUAUCAUUUCUACCAACAUCGCAGAGGCAAGUGUGACUAUCGAUGGUGUUGUAUAUGUUAUUGAUCCCGGUCUAGCAAAAGAGUCUCGAUACAAUCCCCGAAUCGGUCUAGAGAGCAUCUUUACUGCACCCAUCUCACAGGCGUCGGCUCAGCAAAGGGCCGGUCGAGCUGGCCGCAUGGGGCCAGGCGUGUGUUAUCGUCUUUACACAAAGGACGACUUUGACAAGAUCCUUCUUCCCACAACACCUCCAUCGAUCUUGUUAAACAACCUUUCUGAUUUUGUCCUACAGCUUAAAGCUAUGGGUAUUUCUGAUAUUGAAAACCUCGACUUCCUCGACAAACCCGAUCCUGAGGUCUUCUUCCGUGCUCUAGAAGACCUGCUCGCAAUGGAUUACUUGGACAAUAAUGCAGAGAUCACCUCGAAAGGCAGAAUGGCCGCAAGUCUCCCGGUUCAUCCAGUUUGGUACAACGCCAUCGCGAUGGCACACGAGCUAGGCUGCAGCCAGGAGAUGUUAACUAUUGCAGCCAUCCAAAGCAACCAACAUCCUAUAUUUCUACGUCCUCAGUCCUCCAAAUCUGCCGCUGAUCUAGCUCAUCAGCGUUUCGCAUGCCCUGUUUCUGAUCACAUUACUCAGCUCAACGCUGUACAUGCCUAUCUCCAGACUGAAUCCCAGUCUAUUCACCCUUCUGGUUCCGGAGUCGAUAUAAAUAUGCGGGAGUGGUGCUCGGAUGCUUUUAUUAGCAUGAGUGCUGUUGAAGAGGUUAAACUUAUCCGCAAGCAACUACGUAAAUCCUUCGCCGAUUUAUUCAAAGAGGACCCGAAGGCCGGCAAUUUGAAAAGCCCUGAGUACGACAUCAAUAUUCGCAAAGCGCUCGCGUGGGCAUUUUCUCAUCAGGUGGCUUUCAGUGGUGGUGGGGACGAUCUCUAUAGAGUUCUUCACUUCAAUUGGCACGCGGGCAUACAUCCCGAUCGCAGCCUUCUAGGGAUCAAUCAUCAGUGGGUCAUCUACAACAGCUUUGUCGAUAUCUUUCAACAGCACCUCACAACAGUCACAGCUAUCGAACCUGAGUGGAUCAUGGGUUCCAACAGUUUUCAAGAGUCGAGCUGGCGAAUAAAAGAAAAAGAAGGAGAUGCUGUGUACAGGAUGCCACUUGCCAAAGCAGCGUUUGACGAGGCUUGUGACAAUUAUCGCAAUUCCCAUGAUUUUAAUAUCACCUGA